AUGUCCCAGAUCCCUCCUGGUUCUCCAUCAGCUUUUGCAAACCGAUGGGACUCACUUCAGUCACAGAUACCCCCUGCUUCUCCAUCAGCAACUUUUGUAACUCGCCGUGAUUCACCUCUGUCUCAAAUCCCUCCUGGUUCCCCAUCAGCAGUUUUUACAAGUCGACGUGACUCACUUCAGUCACAGAUGCCUCCCACUUCUUCAUCAACAGUUUAUUCAAGUCGUCGUGAAUCGCUUCAAUCAGAAAUGCCUUUUACUUCUCCAUCAGCGAGUCUUGCAGGUCGCCCAGAUUCAAUUAAUUCUCGGAUGUUACCUACUUCCCCACCAGGAGCCCUUAUUAGUGGCCCAAGUUCUACUGCUUCUCCUGAUAUAGCCUAUGUAAGUCGACGAGAUUCACUUAUACUCCAGCCAGAAGUUCCUUCCUCUUACCCACCAAAAUCUCCAAUGAUUCAUCAAGAUUCACUAACACUUCAAUGCCAGAUAAUGUCCACUUCUCCACCAGCUCCAUUCAUGGAUCGACAAGAAUCUCUUGAAGCACCCAUUGCCCCCAGUUCACCACCAUCUCCAUUCAAAGACCGCCAUGAUCUACUUCCCAGACAAACUGAAAUCCUUCCUGCUUCAGCUACAUCUCCCUGCAUCAUGCGUCAAGCUCCAAGCUUAGAACAGCCAAAACUUGUACGAAGUUCCCCAGCAUCUCCCUACAUAAAUCAGGAUAAUUCAUUACCAACUCAGUCAACUAAACCUCCUAGCUCUCCACAGCCGAUGACACGUCAGGACUCAAGCUCUCCGCAGCCUCCAGCACCACCUAGCUCCCCACGGCCUAAACCUAGACGACUUCAGCGUCAGGACUCGAGCUCAUUCCAGUCCCAGUUGCCUCCUGCAUCUCCUAAGUCCCCCUUCAUAAACAAAGAUUCGCUUGCUUUCCAGACACCGAUUCCGAGUUCGCCCGGACCUUAUAUAAAUCAGGAUACACUUUUCCCUCAUUCCUCAGACAUCCCAAGUUCGCCUGAGGGUCAUAUCCUCAGUCGUGAAGAUUCCCUUUCACCCCAGCCCAUGCCCCCACCAAGCUCUCCUCAGCCGAAACCCCGUCGUUUUCAGCGUCAGGAUUCAUACAAAUCUUUGCCCCCGAUUCCUCCAUGUUCCCCUAAAUCACCUUUCAUAAACCGCGAAGAUAAAUUUUUCACCCAGACUAAGCCAGCAGCUAGUCCACACGUUUUAACUCGUGACGACUCCCUGUCGACCCAGCCCCUAGCGCCCCCAGCCUCUCCCAAACCAUGCAGGCGAGUACACCAAGACGAGACGAGUUCACCCAAAUCCCCAGCGCCAACCAGCCCUCUGAAAUCAAAAGAGUCGGGCUCACCCAGAGCUACAACCCCCCCUGUUCCCCAGCAAUCAAAAACGAGCCCCACCUCUCGUGAAGGCUCAGGCCCGCCUUCCCCCAGUCAUUCUGUUAUGGAGACCUCCUGCUAA